AUGGCAAAGAUCGGUGCCAGGAUGAAGAAGAGGCAACACAGGAAAUCAAAACUACACAAGACAAAGGCGAAUUGGUAUCUAGUUUUGAUUAUUAUGAUAUUUGUUCACAACUGCCAGGCUUGUUUUGGACCAGUGUCGAUACAGCACAUAGUCGAAAAACACACUAGCGGCUAUCUGAAAGUACAAAAAUCUAAUGUAACAUUAUCUUGCAAAGCUCCACACGAAUUAUACAUAAUAACUGCAUCUGGUGGAGGAUUCUACAUCUACGACAACAGCGCAAGAAGAUUUAUUUGCUGGAGGAACAAUCACGUCAUUGCAAUGACGUACAAACACAUAGAACGGAAAAAGUUCUGGCCCAAGUGCCGGUUCCAGGACGGCGUGAGCGACCGCAUGCAGGCCUACAUCACGCUGCAUCAAUUCCAAAACAAGAAAAAGAUGCUCCUGCUCGAUCUCAAAGAGCGGAAGAAACAGCGCUGCUACAAGAACUACUCCAAGCACGUGGUGUACGAAUUUUUGAAAUAUCCGGCAACCAGGGAGAAGUGUUGUCCGCAGGCUUUCGACGUGUUCUGCAAGUCGCGCCUCAGAAGAAUGAAGGAGUUCUCGCGAAUGUGUGACGACAGGAAUUUAUCCAAAUGUAAUGACGUAAAUUACUGAAUCGAAUGACUUAUGUAUUAUAGACGGUGUGAUGGAAAAAAGGAAAAGAAUACUUUUUCAGCCCUUCGAUAAUGAUUUUGAUGCGUUACAAUCAUAGAUAAAAGAAAAUAUCCAUCUAUUAAGAUAGAUAUGAAACUUAAUGGCAAAAUUUUGGAUCAAAGCGCCAAUUCUGCUCUAAAUGUUUUUUUAUAUUCAUAUUUUAAAAUUGAUUUAUUAGUAUAUCAAGCUAACUUUAAUAAAACAUAAAGCUUCAUUCAGAACCUCGCAAUUAGUGGAAUAAAUU